GGGCGCUCUAGGCCGCUUUGCCACGUCUCUCUGGUGCCGGCUGGCGGCUUGAGCGGCUGGCUUGGAACCGGUAGCAUGUCGGACUCGGAGGAGUAUUCCUCCGCCGAGGACGAGGACUAUGUGCCCUCAGGUGGGGAGUACAGUGAAGAUGACGUGAGCGAGUUGGUCAAGGAAGACGAGGACGAGGAGAAACCGUACAAAGAAAAAGGCAAAAAAAGUUCCAAAGGCACUGUGUGCAGGAAAAGGAAGAGAGGAGGCCUCUUGUUAGUGCUAGGGGAAAGAGAGGAAUCGAAGGAUCAACAAAGCGACAGUGAGGAGAAAGAGGAGGCUGACAGUCUAAGGCAGGUGAAAGGAGGCAGAGCGGCGGAGGAGGAGAAAAAGAAGAAAGAGGAUGCUCUGUGGGCCAGUUUCCUCAGUGAUGUGGGACAGAAAUCUAAAGCACCGGCUGCUGCUCAGCUGACCAGUCCACAGACUAACAAGACUACAGAGGAGAAGAGUUCGAGCAAACUCCAGGAAGAAGCAAAAGAGCCAGAGAAGCCAAAAGACAUGGCAAAAGUGACAAUCACCAAAGUGUUUGAUUUUGCAGGUGAAGAGGUCAGGGUGACUAAAGAAGUGGAUGCUGCCUCAAAAGAAGCCAAAUCCUUUCUGAAGCAGCAAGAGAAGGAGAAACCGCAGCUAGUGGCUCCUACUUCCCUUCCGACAGUCUCUGGGGUGAAGAGGUCAAGUGGCAUGAGCAGCCUCCUGGGAAAGAUUGGCUCCAAAAAGCAGAAGAUGAGCACGCUGGAGAAAUCCAAACUGGACUGGGAGAACUUCAAGGAGGAGGAGGGGAUCGGGGAAGAUCUGGCCAUUUUCAACCGAGGGAAAGAAGGGUACGUCGACAGGAAAGCAUUUCUGGAGCGUGUCGAUCACAGGCAGUUUGAAAUCGAGCGUGACAUCAGACUGAGCAAGACCAAGCCGUGAGACUGGCACGAGGGCAUCCCGCUCCUCCCUGCAUGUCCAAGAACCGGCCAGUGGCUGGCAGCUGCUGAAAACAAGACGCAGAAACAGUUUUUCUCUCCAAGACUCAACCUGUACGUCCUGCGGGGUUUUUCCUUUUACUGUAAAGGCAGGGAGGGGGUUUGUCAGCAGGUGGGGGCACUUUGGGGGUAGUAUUGCCUAGCCGAUGGCAGUAGCAUAUCUCUCUACUGGCAUGAUCCCAAUGGGCAGUGUCCCUCUCCCAGCCCCUUAUGCUGCUGGCAGUGAGAGGAAUCAGAUGGAGCAGGCAUGGGCUGCCGGAGCUGCCCACUUCCUGCCUAAAGAUAAGGCCUUGCCCUGCCUGUGGGUGGUCUCAGGGCACCAGCGCCCGGCAGCCUGGGAAAGCGGAUGAGGGGAUCAAGGUUCACCCCACGCGCUGAGCACAAACUGGACUCCUGCUGACGCCCCAGCAGUUUUGCUGACAAAGCCUCUUUUUGAGGGUGCUCCGGGCUGUGGAAUUCGGAUUGUAGCCCUUCGCUCCACUCUUCCUGUGGACCCAGCUGGGUCCCAGCCCCUCCGUGCUGGGCCUUCCCCCACACGACUGACUCGUCUGGGUGUUUUUGUGAUUUUAUUUUUUUUACACAAGAAAACCUCCCUCUGUCUGGUUUCCAUUCAGUCUCCCCAGGAAGGUGAGAGCAACAGCAGGCGGCAGGUGGGGGAGGGCUCACAUCCAGCCGGUCAUACUAAUAAAGGAGUCAAUCCCUGCA